CUGCUGUCCGAUGAUAUGUGGGAUACUUGCCAGUCUCCCGAGGUUUGGUGAAGACAGAAUGCUCCAUCCGGGGUUUGCUGCCACAAUUGGGUCUCCUAGCAACCGUGUUUACUCUUGGUGCCAGGUUCUUGAUGUCUGGCUGCAGGACAGGCGGGAACUCAGGGCCGGCCAGGGAGGCACCUUCAUUUGCUGUCUGCAGUUAACCGUGACUUUUCGGAAAGCAGCACAAAUCAGCCGCUAUGGCCCAUAAGUACAACACGUUUCUUGUUGAGAAAUCCGGGUUAAGCAAAGUGCGUUCCGACAAGGAGCCUCUUCCUCAGCCGUGGUACAAAGAGAGGUUAAAGACAAAGUACCUAAGAAAGAAUCAUAACUCGCUGUCUGACGCUUUGAAUGGACAUCGAUGGCGGUUCCUGAAAAAUGGGUUGGACGAUUUUCGUGAUGGGUAUCCACCUCAGUCAGAAGAGGAUUUAGCGAUAAUACACAGUGAGAAAGGCGCUGGUCUUAGUCCUUUUCUCAAGGACGUGGCAGAAAGUUUCAGACCUGCUCAGAAUGUGUCAAAGAGGCUGACUAAAUCACAGAUAUGUUUUUCCAAGUCUUUACCAUUACAACAGACAAGGAGAGAACAGAUGGAAGAGAUUGAAUAUGGCCUGAGCCAGCACCCAUUAGCUCUUUAUCCGCAUCUGGAAGAAGGAAUACCUCCUGAGCUCUUUGAGGAAAUUGUAGGUAUUCUGGACCCUGAGAUGCUCUUGACUAGUGAGGAUAUUUGUGUAGAGGUACCUGCUGAAGUGAAGCAGAAGGUUAAGAAACUGAAAAAGAAGGCACGCAGUGCAAAAUGCUCAGAAGACAGCGAAGAGUUAAAGCAUAGAAACCCCUAUAAGUGGAUUGUAUUCAGAGGGACACAGAAAGAAGACCAGAAAACCAAACUAAAAUGGGACACACCACCACAACAAGAUGAGGAAAUAAAACAAAUAACAAAGGAAUUUUGUGACUGGGUUGCUUCUCUGGGUGGAGAGAACAACAAUAUAGAAGAGUCUAUGAUCAUGAGCCUUUUUGCCAGUGAUUAUGAAAUGAAUACUGCCCUUACUAUACCUAUCCAAGUGAUGCAGCUGACCAACAUUCCUCGAGAGUUAAGGAUGAUCGUGGGAAUCCCUCCGCCACGACCUUCAGUUAAGACCCGCAAAACCACUGACUUGCAGGAAUCCAACCACUCAAAUGGGUAUAAAUAUAUAUAUGGAGCGUGGUAUUUGGACCCAAAGACAUGGACGAAAAGAAGAGCUGAUGAACCUCUGUUAGCUCCCGAAUCUGUGGCUCAGCAAAACAAAUCGCGUUUACCUGAAGGAGCUGAAGAGAAGGAUGAAGAAAUAAAAAGGCUUCAUGCAACAACAUCUUUCAUGAAAUACACCAAGGCUAAAGGACACAGGAGACCACAGUUCCUGGGGAAACAAUUUGCCACAGUUGAUGAUGAAGUGGAAAAGCAAAAUAACAAAUUGGAACAGAAAAUACUUAAUUCUUCAGUGCAAAUUGGAUACAUCAUUAAUUAACAAGUAAUCUCAACUGUAUCAUUUUAUCACUGUUUAUAUGUGAUUAUGAUUUCCCUUACAAAUAUUAGUAUCUACUUUGGCUUUAGUUUAUACUUAAGCAGCAUUUUUUACAAAUAUAUACCAAAAAGUGUAAAAAUAUUUGUGUUCUUUCAAGGAUUGUCAAAUACUGUGUCAAGUAAUUAUGUGAACAAAACACACAAUUGAAUCCAAUAAAUGGGCAAGUUCUUAGAUAUGUUGCCUAAACUGUG